CCAAAUUCAAAUCUUGAAGAAGCAAUGGUGGCCUCCGCCGGGGACACCACCAGCGUCUUUAAGAAAGUCCUUGUCUCCUACUUCUACGUCGCGAUAUGGAUCGCCCUUUCCUUCUCUGUCAUCAUCUACAACAAGUACAUCCUCGACCCCAAAAUGUACAACUUCCCCUUCCCCAUCUCCCUCACCCUCAUCCACAUGUCCUUCUGCUCCUCCCUCGCCUUCUUCUUGAUCCGCGUGCUCCGCAUUGUCGAGCUUCCAUCCUCUCCCGCGAUGUCACGCGACCUCUAUUUCUCCUCCGUGGUCCCCAUCGGUGCACUGUAUUCUCUUUCGUUAUGGUUCUCAAACUCUGCUUACAUAUAUCUGUCUGUUUCCUUCAUCCAGAUGCUGAAGGCACUAAUGCCUGUUGCCGUGUAUUCAAUCGGGGUACAGUUCAAGAAGGAGAAUUUCAAGAGUGAUACAUUGGCUAACAUGUUAUGUAUCUCCUGCGGGGUAGCCGUUGCAGCCUACGGUGAGGCCCGCUUCAACUCCUGGGGCGUCUCCCUCCAGCUCGCCGCUGUGGCCUUCGAGGCCACGAGAUUAGUCCUCAUCCAGAUCCUGCUUACUUCAAAAGGGGUUUCUUUGAAUCCGAUAACGUCACUCUACUAUGUCUCUCCCUGCUGUCUCAUCUUUCUGCUUGUGCCUUGGUUCUUCGUCGAGCUUCCACUUCUUACCAACAUUUUUUCACUCAACUUUGAUUACUUGGUUUUUGGCACGAAUUCUCUAUGCGCGUUUGCGCUGAACCUGGCUGUUUUUCUGGUGGUGGGGAAGACGUCGGCACUGACGAUGAAUGUGGCGGGUGUGGUGAAGGAUUGGUUGCUGAUUGCGUUUUCGUGGUCGGUGAUCAAAGAUACGGUGACGACAGUGAAUUUGGCCGGGUAUGGGAUUGCAUUCUUGGGGGUCGCGUACUAUAACCAUGUGAAGUUGCAGGGGUUGAAGGCGAAAGAGGCGCAGAAGAACGGGGCAUUGCAAACGGAUGAGGAGUCGGGGAUGUUGCUGGAUGAGAAAUUGAAGCAGAGGGUCUCAAGGCAGCAAACGAGCUCAUGAACAUUUGAACUUGAACUGAUGAUUGAUUUUUGUUGUUGUCCAUAGUAAGUUUAGCACUUCUUGGACAGAAAAUUUGUGGAAAUUAAGUACUGGGGUACUAU